UGGGAUUCCUGUGGUCAAAAUGGCGGCCCCCUUGAGAGUUGUUUCUCGACGAUUACUUGUUCGGAACAACUUCCGUUGCGUCGUGGCCCUCCACUUUUCCGCCCCAAAUUCUGCUACUCCAGAUAAAGUGACUCACACUGGACAGCAAUGGGGACCAAGCGACUACAGAAUGGCCCGCUUUACAGACAGGCCAAAGGAGGUAAAUGAAAAGUUUGCUAUUGACCUUGUCGCAGAAGAACCACCAAAGGAAAUUCAUGGGCGUCAUGUAUGGUGUGAUGGAGGAGGAGGACCUCUUGGACAUCCUAAGGUGUACAUCAACUUGGACCAGGAAGGACCUCACCCUUGUGGCUAUUGUGGACUAAGAUAUGUCAUGGCUGCUGAUCAUCAUUGAAGAAAGAAGAUGGACCUGUUCUUUGUUGAUACUAUCAAAUAACUAAGAGCACUUUGAAUGACAAUGUAAAUACUAACAGCUGUGUGACUUUUACUUGACAUCAGCUUAUAAUUGUCAAAUGCUAACCUUCUACACUGUAUCUUCUGAGGGGCAAAUUUAGUAAUUUUUGUAAGGAAACACUUUCACUGACUGAAGAAAUUUUGGGAAGUUUCAAAAAAUAAAUUUACUUGACUUGAUGAGA